AUGACAGCCGUUUCAGAUAAGAAAGCAUUUCCAGAGGCUAAUGUAGACAAAGAGCUGAAUCCUAGCCACAACAAAAGAGUUGAGGCUGAUUCCACUUCCUCCAGCAUUGCUGCCUCCCUCGCCAACAAGGUACUCUACUCUUUAUCAGAAAAAGAGGAGGCAGAAAAGAAGAAGGCGAGCGAGGAUAAGAAGGAUCGUGCGGAAAGCUUGAAAACAACGGUCAUAAUCUCAGUGAUCUUUGCUGCUGUUGCUGGUGCUGCAUUCGGCAUCGUCAAGAAAUUGAGAGAGAGACAAACCUGA